GUGAGCGGGGAGCCGGCGGGAGGAUGCUGCAGACGGCGGCGGAGCCGGGCGGCUGGGCAGGCAUGAAGCGCCCCCUGAGCCCAUCCCAGAGCCCCGAGGGCGCAGUGCAGCUGGUGGAGGAGCCCAGCUGCCCCCCCAGCCAGCCCGAGCAGCGCCUGAAGAGGGAGAAGAAGCAGCAGUCGUUCACUCUGUGCGAGGUCUGCAACAUCCAGCUCAACUCAGCUGCCCAGGCGCAGAUCCACUACAACGGCAAGUCCCACCAGAAGCGCCUCAAGCAGCUAAACAAGGGGAAGAUGCCAGCAGCCCAAGGUCCCUCCGGACACAGCAGUCCCCUCUUAGCAUCACUGCCCAUCCCUGGCCGGCCUCUCCAUCCUCCCUUGGACAUCAAGCACUUCCUGACCUUCAGGCUCAACGGGACAUCACCGCUCAACCUCUUCCCCAACUUCAACACGAUGGACCCGGUGCAGAAGGCAGUGAUCAGCCACACCUUCGGCGUGCCCGCCCCGCUCAAGAAGAAGCAAUUCAUCUCCUGCAACAUCUGCCACCUGCGCUUCAACUCUGCUAACCAGGCUGAAGCCCACUACAAGGGCCACAAGCACGCGCGGAGGCUGAAGGCCAUCGAGGCCAUGAAGAACAAGCAGAAGGUGGUGGGGGCUGCAGCGGGGACCCCUGGCCAGGACAGCACAGCCGAGCUGGCCCCCAGCCCCGUGGGCAGUGGGGAGCUGGGCAGCACAGCUGAUGCCAGUAGCCCACAGGAGUCGGAGGGCGAGGGCAGCAGCCUGGCACUGGUGCCCAGCACUGAGGAGUCACCAGUGGAGCUGCCAGGCAGUGUCGCCCCUCUGGGCUCCCCACCAGCCUCUGAGCUGUCAGAGGGCACCUCAGAUGCCACCAGCGUGGCCUCCUCAUCAGCCCAGGCAGCCGAGGCACAGGCAGCUGAGUCAGGCAGCAGCGUCAGCUCGGCCCCUGAGAGCGAGAAAGAGGGGAAAAAGAGCAAACAGCACCUGUACUGUCCCACCUGCAAGGUGACCGUCAACUCCCUGUCCCAGCUGGAGGCUCACAACACUGGCGCCAAGCACAAGUCCAUGCUGGAAGGGCACGGCGCCCAGCUGCGGCGAGGCCGGGGCAAGCUGCUCUCCCGGGCAGGGCACAAGUCCAAGCGCAUCGGGAACAAGGGCAGCAUCAACAUCCAGAACAAGGCCUUCCACUGCCAAGUGUGCGAGAUCUACGUCAACUCCGAGACCCAGCUCAAGCAGCACAUGAGCAGCCGGAGGCACAAAGACAGGCUGGCAGGGAAGCCACCCAAGCCCAAGUACAGCCCCUACAACAAGCUGCAGAAGAAUGCUGCCCUCGCAUCCAAGCUGGCUUUGCAGAAGCACCUCACCAAAACCUUGGCCACGCGUUUCCUGCCGAGCCCGCUGACCGCCGCUGCCGUGUGCGCCAUGCCCGGACCCCUGGCCCUGCGACCGGCGGCUGCCACCACGCUGUUCCAAGCGCCGAUCCUCGGACCAGCCCUGUUCCGAACGCCGCCGGCUCACGUCCGCCCCACGCCGGGUCCCAUCGUCUUUGCACCCUACUAGAGUGUGACCCGGCCGGGGUCUGUGCACCGGGCUGGGCUGGGGACAGCGCUCCUCGCACCUGCUCUCCUGGCUGGUGGGAAAACGUAGUGGUAGACAUCAACCCCGGCUUCUCCUUUGCUUGGAGAGGGCUCCCACUGGAGAGAGGUGCCCUGACAGAGCCUGGCCAGCCCCCCGCGCAUCCCCACCGCUCCCCCAGCCUGUGCCGGCCCCUGCUCAGCAGAUGAGCCCAGGCAGUGCACAGAAGAGGACAGUGUCCAAAUCAGCAGGACCAUCUCAUGGCCACGGCCUGCCUGUCCUUGGCCUGCUGGCUGCUUCUUCAUGGCCCUCCCAGUUUCCAGACUGGAAGGAGAGGAGCUGGCUGGUCCCUGGGAGAAGGAGCAUCCCUCUGCUCCCUGCCAGCCCAGUGGGAAGGGAAGUGCGAGGGGAAUCUCAGCCCAGCUCUUCCUGGGAGAAACAACCCCAGCACAAGUGGGAAGCUGGCAGUUUCUCUCUCAGCCUGGGCUGGCUGUGCCCUUGCCAGCCCUGCACCUGCCUGUGCUGGCAGGGGGUUUCUGUGCCACCCACCAGCCCCCCGUCCCAAUUCCCUGUGUCCCACCAGCCAAAGAGCCCCCGUGGUGGCAGGCACGGCCACACUGACCAUAUCCUCACUCCGAGAGCAAUAGCUGACCCCAGGGCCGGUGCCUCCUCCCUCCAAAGCACACGGGCCCUGCCCUGGCCCCAGAAGCACACGAUGGGCAUGUGGCCAAGCUGGGCCCCACUCAUGCCCAGCAAGGCUGGGAGUGCCAGUGCUGGCUCCCCAAGGAGGUGUCCCUGUGCUUGGCACCCGUCCUUGUCUCUGUCCCUGCGUGGGGACAGCCCUGCCCCUACCUCCCGGGAGAUGCUGUGAGGCUGAGUGAAUGUCCCUAAAGCACUUUCAGUUCUCCAGUGAAAGGCAACGCUGCUGCUCACCUGCCGUGCACAGCCCUCCGAUCCCAUCCCAGUUAGGAGCUUCCAGGAAGUUACUGAUGAUCCCCAAAAUCAAAGGUGUCCUCAGCAGCCUGGACAAUCAGGGGGCAGGUGCACCCACAGCCUGCAGAGUGCCAGGCUCUGGAGGGACCCCGAGGCCAUAGCCCUGCAUUUCACUGUGCUCAGACAGCCCAAGCAUGACCUGUCUGGGACUGUCCCCACGGCGCUCUGGGUGCCCAGCACGCUGCUGUACAUAGAGAGAGUUGCAUCCCAAAUGGACCUUUCUCUGGAGGAACACCCCACCCUGAUCUAUGCAAUCCAGGGGGCAGCUCACCCCAAUCGCAUUGGCCGCCUGCGAUUCCCUUUGGUGCUGCAGCUGGAGCAGUGGUGGCAGCAGAAGAACCAACAUGACACUGAGCUCUGUCCCAUCCCCUGUGCUGGCUCAGACCUCUGCUGUGACUCCCAUUCCCUCCCAGCCCUCGGGAAGAGGCGGCUUGGUGAGUGCACCUGGGAAUCCACACGCACAAGCACACAUAUCUGAUGUCUUGGCCACAAGCAGCGCCUGGAUCUCAGAAGGAUUUUGCCCAGCGUGCUCCACCGAUGCUCAGGAAGGGGCCAAAGGGUGACUCAAAUGGCUGAAACAUAUCUGCUUCCCAGGGCUGGAGCCUUGGCAAGGGCAGGAAAGCUGCAGGAAGGAGCUCACACCUGCAGGCUCUGUGGGCAGCGCCAACCGUGGAGCCGCCACUGCGCUCCUGCCACGGGGACGGGAGAGUGAGGGAGGCCCUGGGUGUGAAUUCACCUGCUCAGAGCACCCCUUCCCCAGGGAAGGAGGAGAGUGGGGAGAGGGCACCAGGAGAGGAGGGAGCAGCUGUGUGUGGAGACAAUGGAAAGGUCUUGCAGCAGUGUGGGAUGUGUGAGGGAAACAAGGCUCCCAGCAGAAAUGGCUUUGCCAGGGAUAGGGAGAUGGUCCCACAGCCCAGGGGACACAGAUGGUCCCACACCCCAGGGGACAGGAGCCUGUGCUGGUGGGGCCCCAGGGGACAGGAGAGAUGCUGUCCCUGUUCCCCAGUGCCAAGCAGCCCAUGGCUGGCACGUCCCCAGCCACCCCUGCCCGUGUCACUGUGCCCUUCCCAGGCCCUUGGGGUCACCCCCAGUCCAGCAGGACCAUGGGUCCCCUCCUGUGCCAUGAGCCCCUGGUGCUGUGCCCAGCCCCUCAGAAGCUCGGGGAGCCUGGAGCAGCUGGGCUGCAGCUUGCAGAGCCACGUGGCACCAGUGGGCCUGUUCCCCUCCAUUGUCCCAAAAAGCCUGUGCUGGAGCCAUGGCUGCUCCUUGCCCCUCACCAGUGGAGUCCUGGCGCACUCCUGUUCUUGGCACUUUAACCCUGUGAAAGCCAUUCCUUCUAGUGACAAUAAUUACUGCAACGAGCUGCAUAAGAACCCCCCGUUAUGGCAUCCCCCCAAAUCCCCUCCUGCUCUCCAAAGCAUUUACUGCCUUUGACUUAGCACAUGCUGUACUAGGAGUAGGGAUAGUCCAUAGCGCUCGGUAACGUGUGCCCCUCUGUAAAUAACCUUGGAGUGAUGUGAAAUUUGAUUCAAAACACCAGAAAAACAAAACAAACCAAACCCAAAAUGGAAUAUCCAGACUCUAGGG